GUACAUUUAGAGCUUGUGUUUUACAACGAAAUUGGUCGAUUUACAGACAAUGAGCCUGAUUUUGACUCCGCAAUAUUCCACAUGGAGCAUGCUGCGUCCUGCGGCUUGAUCGAGGCACUAAGAGAGCUUGCCAAAUUAUAUUUACAGCUGCCCCACAAGAUUCUCGAGGAUUACGUGCUGGAGGAAAAUGAUAUGAACUAUGAGACAGGAAUGAAAUAUCUACUUUCUGCUGCAAAAGAAAAUGACAGAGAAUCGGUACUUAUUGCUGCAACUAUCUUAGAUAAUGGCGAGCGACUUUGCAAAAAGAGAAGCCGAUCCUGGCCAGAUGCGAUCUACUUUUAUGAACAAGGUUUGAGGCUAAGUGAGACUCAAUACGAAGAUUUUGAUGAUUACCCUUCCUAUAAGGUCUACGCUCGAAUGGCUGAAAUGUAUAAAGAAGGUGGUUUCGGGCUUGACAAAGAUACAGAUAAAGCAGCUGAAAUGUAUAAUAAUGCUGCUGAAGCGGCUAUGAACGCUAUGAAAGGAAAAAUUGCAAAUCGUUUCUAUAUACUUGCGGAGGAAGUUGCGUACGAAUCCUAGGAACGCAUCCCUUCUCCUUACUUUGUCUCUAGGCAAUUAAAGGCUGCAUUUUCAUUUAUAGCAAAGGUAAAUGUUGUUUAAUUGCAAGGGCAAUCCAGCCAAGAUUUGUUUCAAUUACAAUGGAUUUAUUGAACAACUAAGAGCCUGUUUAUGUGGAGAAAAUUUCAGUGGCAUUUUACCGAUGACGCAGGGAACCCACUGAACGAAAAUUCCACCUUAUAUCGGUUUGCUACAUAAAAUAGCACAACCGUCAACACGAGAAAACCUUUUCCUGACUACCCGAGAUACCAAUAACCACUAAUAUGAUACCACAAGGAAAUAUUUUACCGUCUAGGCAGGGAAAUGUAUAUUCUCUGCACACUCGCAAUUCAGACUUUUCAUUCAGAAUGGCUCUAAAGUUAUCCUGGCAAAUAUCCCUAUAUACAACAUUAAUGAUUAUUACCAGGACUUGCCCAGAUCCCAGUUUGCUGCGAAAAUGCCGGGAACUUUCUCCGUUUGAACACGGUCUAAUGACAGCAGCGUCGCCUUCAAAGCUGUAUGCAGGCAUUCUCGGCAGCAAGAAAGAGAGAUAUUUUCACUUAAAUAUCAAAAAUGCUUCAAGUUUUUUUCUAUUUCUAGUGAUUUCUGUUUUAUAUCUGAUUUCAAAUGCAGACAUCGAUACAUUUAAAAUAAUUAUAUUACCAUCUUUGUGAAUAAACACACCGUAUAUCGUUAGUAACCUACACAAUUCAAUUGCUAUGAAUUUUACUUAGUAUUGGUUUUAAAAAAAUCUACUGUUACUGAGCAUCAUGUUUCCGCGUGUCUCAGUUUUUGUGAUAAGCUUAUGAACGGUUUGUCAUUAGAAAAGGUACCUUCAGAUCUGGUGCUGAAAAGAAAAUAAAAUUCUUCGAGUACCCCCAGCACCAAGAAAAUGCAUUGAGUACUGGCUUCAAUCUUUAGAUAUCUGAAAAUGGCAUUUUCUGUUACUUCAGCUGCGUCUUUUUCUGGAACAUAUUUGUACAAAUUGUCAAUUUUGUCUAUUUAAAGAUAGUUUGAUACUUUGUCAAGCAAUAUUAGGUAUUUCAAUAGAUAGCUCUAAAGUAACGCUAUAUUUUCAUAAAUGAAUCAAUUGACAAAAAAGUAUUCACUUAAAUUUGAAUUAUCUUUUUGACUCAAAUCUGUGGUACAAUAAUUCCUGCCAUGGCAAAAAUGAACGCUCUAAAUUUCUUUGUUACGUAAUUACAACUGCAUUCCAAUUUUGUUCUAGACUCUUUUAAGCCAAAUAGAAGAUAAUUAUAUUUUCUCUACUCAAGAUUUCGUUAUCAGCCCUUGCUUGUGAGCCGGCCGCACACUUUCCUCCAUGAUCGAAGCUUUCUUUUCUCUUCCACUACUGGCGCUUGGCUUCCUUCUCUUGCUUCCAGUGUUAAUCCAUCAUUUUCCAAGCAUUCCAACUCGCGUCUCAUUUGCUUAAUGCAUUCCUCGUCACUAUCCUCCUGUCCAAAUUCGUCAUCACUUAGAUGAUUUUCUGUUUUUCCUUUUUCCGUCUUUGCUUUCGUUACUUGAGAAACGAUAUCAUACAGGUUUUCCUUUUUUCUUCCACUAUCUUGGAAUUUAAUUGUCCCGCUGACAUCAGAGUCUUUUGCCUUUUUUCCUAGCCCUCCUAGACACAUGAGAGCCACUUUCUUCUUCUUGACGGUCUUUGAAAAUCUUGUUGUUGGCUGCUGCAUUAUAUUAGUUAACAAUCGCUGGUUGUCAGCACUAGUUAUUGUUGAUCUUCUGACAGCAUAAACUUUGAAGUUCGCUUCUAGGAAAAAAUCAUAGUAAAUAGAUGAAUAUGAAAAGAGUAGCUUGCAGAGGUAACAUAUUAAUAAGAAAAUAAAACUGAUGUUUCUCCAGCCCUAAUAUAUUUGUGUAGGUGGUAGCUGAUUGCCGGAUUCAUAAAAAUGUCAAUGCCUGUAUCAUAUGA